AUGGGUCCUCAGGAAAAGCCCAAAGAUUUGUUCCACUGUGUGGGAAUCAUAUUUUUUCUACUGGGCUUAGGAACCCUCCUUCCUUGGAACUUUUUCAUCACAGCCAUCCCGUAUUUCGAGAAAAAACUCGGGGGGAACUGCUCUGCCGGGUGGGAGGCGGCUGGGAAUCAGACAACCUCGAACCCGCCACCGGGGUCCGGCUGCAAAGACGAAUUCAGCUUCAGCAACUGGCUGGCCCUCCUUUCUCAGUUGCCGUUGCUGCUCUUCACCUUUCUCAACUCCCUCCUCUACCGAUGCAUUUCGGACAAAAUACGUAUUUUGGGCAGCCUGACGGCGAUCCUGUUCCUCUUUGUGCUGACCGCCAUCCUGGUUAAGCUGACGAUGUCGCCCCAGAGUUUUUUCUCCAUCACCAUGGCAAGCGUCUGGUUCAUUAACUCCUUCUGUGCCGUCCUGCAAGGAAGUCUUUUCGGCCUGCUGGGGUCUUUUCCGCAACGAUACAGCACCCUGUUCCUCAGCGGUCAAGGGAUGGCUGGGAUGUUUGCCGCCAUCGCCAUGUUGCUUUCCAAGGCCAGUGGAUUGGACGAUCAGUCGUCUGCCCUGAUCUAUUUCGUCACCCCCUGUGCUGGGACCUUAGUUUCGAUUGGGUGUUAUCUCUUUCUGCCCCACCAGUCCUUCACUCGUUACUAUCUGGACAAGAGACCACCGGAAGAUUUGGGAUAUGAGCUGGAAACCAAGGCAGUUCUUCUUUCGCCAGAUCUUGUGGCAGACAGUUCCAAAGGAGAGCCGCUCAACGUGAAGAAUGGGAACGCCGGUGUUGUGGAGCAGGAUGGCUCGGCUUGCCCGCCAGAAGUCAUGAGUGGAGGGAGUGGGGUGGGCAUGGUUGCCCCCAACCCCUCCCUCUUCAGCGUCCUCAAGAAGAUUUGGCUGCUGGCCCUCUCCAUCGUUAUGGACUUUUCUAUUACCCUCUCGGUCUUUCCAGCAAUUACCACGAAAGUCGUCAGCUCCACUCAGAAUCCGCAUUGGCAGGAUUACUUCACUCCAGUUUGCUGCUUCCUUCUCUUCACUGUGAUGGACUGGCUGGGGCGGAGUUCGACUUCCUACUUCCUCUGGCCACAGAAGCACCUUCGGCUCCUUCCCGCCGCAGUGGGACUCCGAAUCAUCCUCAUUCCCAUGUUUCUUCUGUGCAACAUCCCGAGAAAGAGUGACUGGCCUGUGCUUUUCCCCCACGACGCCUGGUUUGUGGUCCUGAUGGUGGCCUUCUCCCUCUCCAACGGCUACUUCGUCUCCCUCACCAUGUGCCUGGCCCCCAAGCAGGUCCAGCCGGAAGAGAGCGAGCUGGCGGGGGCCAUCAUGACGUUUUUCCUGGCGCUGGGACUCUCCUGUGGAGCAGGGCUCUCCUUUCUCCUCAAGUUGCUUCUUUGACGGUCUCCAUCCCGCCACUCCGGCUCUUGAAGCCUCCAAGGGCGGCUGCGGAGGCCCCCCCUUGCACUAUUUUCCUCUAAGUCCCCCCCCCAUGUGGCAGCUAAGACACCUCCUUUGUGAUGAAGAAAAACCAGAUUUAUCGGGCCAUAACGCUUUCUCCAAGGUC